AUGGUAGAUGACACUGUUGCAAGCCUGAGACAAGAGACGAUAGACAUCUUCUACCACGGUUUCGAUGGGUACAUGAAAUACGGAUUCCCCGAAGACGAAUUGCGCCCACUCAGUUGCACGCCUCUUACUCGCGACCGCCACAAUCCUUCGCAUAUCGAGGUCAAUGAUGUCUUGGGAAACUACUCACUGACACUGAUCGACAGCUUGUCGACACUUGCGAUACUCGCUUCUUCACCCCCACCAGCGAAGCGGGGCCGGAACCGACCCCUGGACGAUUUUCAGGAUGGCAUCAAGGCGUUGGUAGAUAAUUACGGAGACGGAUCGAAAGGCCCGGCUGGUCAAGGGGAACGAGCGCGAGGCUUCGACCUAGACAGCAAGGUGCAGGUCUUUGAGACGGUCAUACGGGGCGUUGGAGGGCUAUUGAGUGCGCACCAGUUUGCGGUCGGCGACCUGCCCAUUCGCGGAUAUGACGCAAAAGUGCAGAAGAACAGGGGAAGAGAAGGCAUCUUUUGGCAGAAUGGAUUUGUGUACGAUGGACAGCUGCUACGUCUGGCUGCGGACCUUGCUGAGCGACUGAUGCCCGCUUUCCAUACACCGACCGGUCUUCCGUAUCCGCGCGUGAACCUUCGGUACGGAGUGCCAUUCUACGCCAAUUCGCCCUACAAUAACGAUGCAGAACACGGCCAAUGCAGCAAGGACCCAAAAGAGCAAGGGAUCGAGAUUACGGAAACAUGCAGUGCUGGUGCUGGCAGUCUUGUUCUGGAGUUCACUACUCUUAGCCGACUGACUGGUGAUUCUCGCUUUGAAAUCGCAGCGAAGGACGCCUUCUGGGCCGUUUGGUCGCGCCGCAGUACCAUUGGGCUGAUAGGAGCUGGAAUAGAUGCCGAGACAGGCCAAUGGAUCUCACCAUACACUGGGGUCGGCGCAGGCAUCGACAGUUUCUUUGAAUACGCUCUGAAAUCACACAUCUUACUUUCUGGAUUGCCCUACGAUGAGGAACACGCCCAUCUCGAUUCGCCGGACGCUUUCCUCCGGACAUGGCAGGAUGCGCACAGUGCGAUCAAGAGACAAAUUUAUCGGGGACCACAGCAUCAGCAUCCGCAUUAUUUUCAAGUGGACCUCUACACUGGAGCUAUGCGUGCAUUCUGGAUUGACAGUCUAAGCAUGUUUUAUCAGGGUCUCUUGACAAUGGCCGGAGAGCUAGAUGAAGCAAUUGAGACUCAUUUACUUCACACCGCCCUCUGGACCCGCUAUUCUGCAAUGCCUGAAAGGUGGUCGACAGCAACUGGGAAUAUCGAGAGUGGACUGCGGUGGUGGCCUGGACGCCCUGAGUUCAUCGAGUCCAACUGGUACCUGUAUCGUGCCACUAAAGAUCCUUGGUAUCUGUACGUCGCUGAAAUGAUUCAACGCGACAUCAAAAGACGAUGCUGGACAAAAUGUGGCUGGGCUGGCUUGCACGACGUUCGCAGUGGAGAAUUGAGUGAUCGCAUGGAGAGUUUCUUCUUAGGCGAGACCGCCAAGUAUCUCUUCCUUACCUUUGAUCCUUCGCAUCCGCUCAACACAUGGGAUGCGCCUUAUGUCUUCACAACUGAGGGACAUCCGUUGAUCAUUCCCAAGCGUUUGCGACCCAAGAGCUCUGCUAGACACACUAAAUCAGGCCCAGGACCGCAGCCUACACUUGGUGUGUGCCCGCUCCCACCAAAACAUCUUCCGUUCAGCGUUUCUGCAACCGCCGCCCGACCCGAUGUUUUCCAUGCCGCGAGCUUGGCUCGGCUCCAUCUCAUGCCCACGAGAGAUACGCUCGAAACGCCUCUGAUAGAGUUCAGCGCAGACCAUCCAAGUAUCUCAGUAUCUGACAUCCAAUCACCGUCGAACUACACGUACUACCCAUGGACUCUUCCACCUGAGCUCAUUCCCCAUAACGCUACAAGCUCAAAAAUGACUGUGCGUGCCACCUUCGACCUGUCAUUUCCGAAUCUACCAAACAAUUUGCAGACUGGGACAUUGCAGCGUGUACACGAAGGCAUCCUCGUCAAUUCUAUGAGCGGAGUACGACUCGGUAUGGUGAGGGAACCGGAGCCACUUCCGCUUGAGCAAAAAGUUGCCUUGGAUGAGCAAUUCCGCAUCUAUGCUAUCUCCAAUGUAGCACUCGGUCGUGAUGAAAAUGUAUAUAUGUCUCGCUCGACGAUUGACAGCUUCAACCCCACGGACCCGUUCUUCACGCGCACACGUGACGGAGUAACAGUAGAUCUCGUCAUCGACAUCCCUCCUGAACCCACAAUGACACCUUCCUCAGGUAUACUUUCAGACUUACUUUCGGAUUCUAUCGCUGGCAUGGAGAACAUAUCCAAUGUGGAAGUUAACGAACUGGAUGUCGACGAACAACAGCUCGAAAACGGCGAAUCGUAUCUAUCAUCCCUUCUUCACUCCCUUCAGAAUCUACUCGCGGCAUCCUCUUCCACAACUUCACCGUCCUCCGCAUCCAGUACCCAAAAGCCUCAGACAACCCAGCGCUUAGCCAUCCAAGCUACCUUGCCGCUUGGACCCGGCGCCGUGCCCUUGCCCGACGUGCCAGAUCCAGAUCUUUCCUACAGCAAGACGAAUGCCCUCAGCUGGUCGACCAUCUACAUUCAUCCAAACACAUUGUGCGAGGAACGUCUACCGCUGGAUAUACCCAAAAGUCACCAGAUCAUCGUCGUUCCGCGAGGCGACUGCUCGUUCUCUGCUAAGCUAAGGAACAUCCCUGCCUUCCCGCCAAGCAGCUCUAGCUUGCAAAUGGUAGUUAUAGUGAGCUACCCACAGCACGAGGAACCUCGGUAUGGAUUUGAGCCUCCGAGCAAUCUGCAAGAAGACGAUGAUCUGCAAGAUGAGCGUGAGGAAACCAAAUUAGGCACUCGAGACCAGGGCAUCAAGAAACGCACAAACUCCAAUAAAGCUUCAAACCCCGUUCAACCCGGUAAAGUGGCUAAGAACAGCAACUCAGCGCCCUCGGAUGGUUCUGAGGCUCGCUCAAAGAUGUCUCCAAAGAAGAAGUCCCCAAAGAAGACCACAAAGAAGAAGUCCCAGUCUCCAUCGGACCGGGAGGUUUCGAUACCUUUCAACCUCGUACAACCCCUCCUCGACGAAACGCAAUACAUAUCUUCUGGGAUACCGCGUCCGCAUCCCAUACCGCUCAUUAUGGUAAGCGGUGGUGACGAGACGAUUGCGUCGCUUAAGAGGGCUACUGCAAUUGGUGUCAGGCGGAGGUACUACUUCUUGAGCCAGGGCGUGAGAAUCAAUAAUUUGAUCGUGCUCUGA